AUGUCAAGUGGCUGCCCCAACCCUGGCUCCCCUAACCCUCCCUCCCCUAACCCUGGCUCCUCUAACCCUCCCUCCCCUAACCCUGGCUCCUCUAACCCUGGCUCCUCUAACCUUGGCUCCCCUAACGCUCCCUCCCCUAACCCUGGCUCCCCUAACCCUCCGUCCUCUAACCCUGGCUCCUCUAACCCUGGCUCCCCUAACUCUCCCUCCCCUAACCCUGGCUCCUCUAACCCUGGCUCCCCUAACCCUCCCUCCCCUAACCCUGGCUCCUCUAACCCUGGCUCCUCUAACCCUGGCUCCUCUAACCCUGGCUCCUCUAACCCUCCCUCCCCUAACCCUGGCUCCUCUAACCCUGGCUCCUCUAACCCUGGCUCCUCUAACCCUCCCUCCUCUAACCCUGGCUCCUCUAACCCUCCCUCCCCUAACCCUGGCUCCUCUAACCCUCCCUCCCCUAACCCUGGCUCCUCUAACCCUGGCUCCUCUAACCCUGGCUCCUCUAACCCUGGCUCCUCCAACCCUGGCUCCUCUAACCCUGGCUCCUCUAACCCUGGCUCCCCAAACCCUCCCUCCUCUAACCCUGGCUCCUCUAACCCUCCCUCCCAUAACCCUGGCUCCCCUAACCCUGGCUCCUCUAACCCUCCCUCCCCUAACCCUGGCUCCUCUAACCCUGGCUCCUCUAACCCUGGCUCCUCUAACCCUUGCUCCUCUAACCCUGGCUCCUCUAACCCUGGCUCCUCUACCCCUACCUCCUCUAACCCUGGCUCCUCUAACCUUGGCUCCUCUAACCCUCCCUCCUCCAACCCUGGCUCCCCUAACCCUGGCUCCCCUAACCCUCCCUCCUCUAACCCUGGCUCCUCUAACCCUGGCUCCUCUAACCCUCCCUCCUCUAACCCUGGCUCCUCUAACCCUGGCUCCUCUAACCCUGGCUCCUCUAACCCUCCCUCCCCUAACCCUGGCUCCUCUAACCCUGGCUCCCCUAACUCUCCCUCCCCUAACCCUCCCUCCUCUAACCCUGGCUCCUCUAACCCUGGCUCCCCAAACCCUCCCUCCUCUAACCCUGGCUCCUCUAACCCUCCCGCCCCUAACCCUGGCUCCCCAAACCCUCCCUCCUCUAACCCUGGCUCCUCUAACCCUGGCUCCUCUAACCCUCCCUCCUCUAACCCUGGCUCCUCUAACCCUGGCUCCUCUAACCCUGCCUCCCCUAACCCUGGCUCCUCUAACCCUGGCUCCUCUAACCCUGGCUCCUCUAACCCUCCCUCCUCCAACCCUGGCUCCUCUAACCCUCCCUCCUCUAACCCUGGCUCCUCUAACCCUGGCUCCUCUAACCCUGGCUCCUCUAACCCUCCCUCCUCUAACCCUGGCUCCUCUACCCCUACCUCCUCUAACCCUGGCUCCUCUAACCUUGGCUCCUCUAACCCUCCCUCCUCCAACCCUGGCUCCCCUAACCCUGGCUCCCCUAACCCUCCCUCCUCUAACCCUGGCUCCCCUAACCCUGGCUCCCCUAACCCUCCCUCCUCUAACCCUGGCUCCUCUAACCCUCCCUCCUCUAACCCUGGCUCCUCUAACCCUCCCUCCCCUAACCCUGGCUCCUCUAACCAUGGUGACCUGCAGGACUAUCCAGUGGCGUGGAACCCCUUCAGUUGCGAGGCAGGGGGACACAACAGGUUCACUACCCUCUGUCACUCUACCAUUUUCCCCUCCAGCGUUGCUAGGUUGUGUCUGAGACGCUGCUGCUCUGGGCCUGGAACCUGGCCGAGCUGCAGAAAGAAUAAGCAGACAGAGAAACAGGACGGGACAGGAGGACGGGACAGGAGGACAGGCCAGGAGGUCUGGACAGGAGGACGGGACAGGAGGUCUGGACAGGAGGACGGGACAGGAGGCCUGGACAGGACGGGACAGGAGGACAGGCCAGGAGGUAUGGGCAGGAGGAAGGGACAGGAGGUCUGGACAGGAGGACGGGACAGGAGGACAGGCCAUGAGGUCUGGACAGGAGUAAGGGGCAGGAGGACGGGACAGGAGGUCUGGACAGGACGGGACAGGAGGACGGGACAGGAGGACAGGCCAGGAGGUCUGGACAGGAGGACGGGACAGGAGGGCGGGACAGGAGGACAGGCCAGGAUGUCUGGACAGGAGGAAGGGGCAGGAGGACGGGACAGGAGGAAGGGACAGGAGGUCUGGACAGGAGGACGGGACAGGAGGAAAGGCCAGGAGGUCUGGACAGGAGGAAGGGGCAGGAGGACGGGACAGGAGGAAGGGACAGGAGGUCUGGACAGGAGGUCUGGAAAGGAGGACGGGACAGGAGGACGGGACAGGAGGACGGGGCAGGAGGACAGGCCAGGAUGUCUGGACAGGAGGAAGGGGCAGGAGGACGGGACAGGAGGAAGGGACAGGAGGUCUGGACAGGAGGACGGGACAGGAGGACGGGACAGGAGGACAGGCCAGGAGGACGGGCCAGGAGGACGGGACAGGAGGACGGGACAGGAGGACAGGCCAGGAGGUCUGGACAGGAGGACGGGACAGGAGGACAGGCCAGGAUGUCUGGACAGGAGGAAGGGGCAGGAGGACGGGACAGGAGGUCUGGACAGGAGGACGGGACAGGAGGACAGGCCAGGAGGUCUGGACAGGAGGAAGGGGCAGGAGGACGGGACAGGAGGAAGGGACAGGAGGUCUGGACAGGAGGACGGGACAGGAGGACAGGCCAGGAGGUCUGGACAGGAGGAAGGGGCAGGAGGACGGGACAGGAGGAAGGGACAGGAGGUCUGGACAGGAGGUCUGGAAAGGAGGACGGGACAGGAGGACGGGGCAGGAGGACAGGCCAGGAUGUCUGGACAGGAGGAAGGGGCAGGAGGACGGGACAGGAGGAAGGGACAGGAGGUCUGGACAGGAGGACGGGACAGGAGGACAGGCCAGGAGGUCUGGACAGGAGGAAGGGGCAGGAGGACAGGCCAGGAUGUCUGGACAGGAGGAAGGGGCAGGAGGACGGGACAGGAGGACAGGCCAGGAUGUCUGGACAGGAGGAAGGGGCAGGAGGACAGGCCAGGAGGAAGGGGCAGGAGGACGGGACAGGAGGUCUGGACAGGAGGACAGGCCAUGAGGUCUGGACAGGAGGUCUGGACAGGAGGAAGGGGCAGGAGGACGGGACAGGAGGAAGGGACAGGAGGUCUGGACAGGAGGACGGGACAGGAGGACAGGCCAGGAGGUCUGGACAGGAGGAAGGGGCAGGAGGACGGGACAGGAGGUCUGGACAGGAGGACGGGACAGGAGGACGGGACAGGAGGACGGGACAGGAGGACGGGACAGGAGGAAGGGACAGGAGGACGGGACAUUGGGACGGGCCGACUGAUCCAGUCCACAGGCUUGGAACUAUAG